AUGGCAUGGGCUCUGAGGAGAGUUCAGGCCCCAGAACCAGAGAUUGACAGCAUGGUGGAGGCUCUGAAGAGGGGAACCAAGGCCCACGUGGCCAAAGUGGAGUCUCUUUUUACACAUUCCCAAGUCUCCUGCCCCUGGGUGAGGGGCCCAACAACAACUUGGCCAUCUCAGGGCACACAGCAGCCACACCAGUCACCCUCGCCACCACACAUGCCCUUCCACCAGGGCUUCUGGCCAUCAUCAGUGCAGAGAAGUUGGUCACAGGGUUGUCCUAGGCCCAACAUGGUCCCGCCUGCCCCUCACCAGCGGCCCAUGAGUGCCAACGGGAAGAUGUUUUCCUUUGUGAUGGACCCCAAGUCCCCUGUCAUCAAGCAAGUGUGGGCCAGUGCCAUGGAACUGUCAGAACAAUGUGUGGUCGAAGGGCUCUCUGGGGCGGUGCCUCCCACCGAGAUCUUCAUGGACCAGGACCUAGGCCAGCAAGACAAGGAUGAGAUCAUUAUGCUACUGGGGAGAGAAAUCAAUCGGCUCUCUGAUUUUGAAAUCGAGUCCAAAUACAAAGAUGCAGUGAUAAUGAACCUGCGGGGUGAGUUGGCUGAACUGAGUCAAAGGCUAUCAGAGACAGCCGCCUGUGGCACCACAGCUAGGCAGAGCGACAGGAGUGCCCUGAAGCUCCAGGGCCUGGAUGAAGACAAUGAUCUCAGGCAGAAGGAGAUUGAGAGCAUGAAAAGCCAGAUCGAUGCCCUUCAAAAAGGCUAUAGCCAGGUGCUAAGCCAGACCCUGGCUGACCGAAACUCGGAAAUCGCAUUACUGAAGAAUGAAGGCGAACACUUGAAGAGAGACCAUGCCAUCACAUCAGGGAUGGUGACGUCUUUACAGAAAGACAUGACAGCACGGGACGAGCAGGUUCAACAGCUGAAGGAGGAGGUGAGUCAAUUAAAGAGCCAGAACAAAGAAAAGGAGUACCAGCUGGAAGUCCUGGGCUCCAGGUGUUCAGUGCUGAAAGAAGAGCUGAGGAAGGAAGAGGCCCAGAAGGAGUGCAGGGAGGCUCAGGAGAAGGAGUUGAAACUCUGCAGAAGUCAAAUGGAAGACAUGGAGAAAGAAUUGAAGAAGCUCAGGGAGGAACUGAAGAAGAACAGUUCCAGUCAGAGUACCAACUCCAAGACGCUACGAGAAAAGAGUAAGGUUGAAGAGAAGCUUCAGGAAGAUUCCAGAAGGAAAUUGCUUCAGCUGCAAGAAAUGGGGAACAGAGAGACCCUCAUUAAAACCAAUUUGGAAAGGGCAGUAGGCCAGCUAGAGUACUUCAGAAGCCAGGUCAUCAAAGCCACUUUUGGAAAAGCAAAGCCGUUCCGUGACAAGCCUGUCACCGACCAGCAGCUGAUAGAGAAGAUCGUCCAGAUCACCGAGGACAACCUCAGCUUCCAUCAGAGGAAGUGGGCCCUGCAGAAGGAUACUCACCUGAGCAACUCCAAGCAGGAGGAGACCAUGGAGAACAUGGAGAAACUGAGGACACUGCUGAACAAAUGUCAUGCUUGCAUGAGGGAGUCCUGCAGCAGCAGCGACCUGAAGAAGGAGGUGGGGUUCCUUCAGCACCUGCAGCUCAGCCCACCGGUGUCGGGGCUUCAGAAGGCUGUAGUGGACAUCCUGCGAGUGUCCCUGUCCUGGCUGGAGGAAACAGAGCAGUUGCUUAAGGACCUCAGCAUCCAGCUGUCAGGUUCUGACAAAGGGUUCUCUCUGUAUCUAAUUUAUCUUCUGGAACAAUACAAGAAAAUUAUGAGCCAGACCCAGGAACUUAAGCUCCAAGUGAGCGAUUCUCGGGAAACUCAGCAGUUUCUGCAGCAGGAACACCUGGCCGAGAAGGAGAAGCUGAACAAGGAGAAGCUGGAACAAGAGGAGAAGCUGAAAGUCAGAAUCAAGCAGCUGACAGAAGAGAAGAAGGUCCUGGAGACAACUAUUGCCCAAGAGAGAAACAAAGCAAAGGAGGCUUUAGAGGGGGAAAAGAGGAGAACCCGAGAGAUGGAAAGUCACUUGGUCUCCCAGAAGAAGGCUUUGGAAGAGAGCACUGCUCAGGAGAAACACAGAUCCCAGGAAGCCCUGGAGAAGGCACAAACUCGCGUCCGUGAUCUGGAGUGCCACUUGGCCAGUCAAAAGGAGGUCUUGGAAGACAGUGUGGCUCAUGAGAAAAGAAAAGUACGGGAAGUGCUGGAGGCAGAAAGAAGGAAGACACAAGACCUGGAGAAUCAGCUGACCCAGCAGAAGGAGGUCUCAGAGAGCAUCAACUAUGAGAGACUCAAAAUUCGAGACACCCUAGAGAAGGAAAAGAGGAGAAUACAGGACCUGGAGAACCGCCUGACCAAGCAAAAAGAGGAGAUAGACUCAAAGGGACAAAAAGAGGACAUCUUAAAUAAUAAAUUAAAUACUGCCCUGGCCAUGGUGGAGGAGGCUCAGCAGAUGAAGACAGCCGAGAGUCUCAAAGCCGAGAACCUUUCCCUCAAGUUAAAUGAAACAGUAGGCGAGCUCAAAAUGACCAAGAUAAAAAUGACCACACUGGAGGAGCGGCUUCGGCUGCAGCAGCAGUCAAUGAAGACCCUGCAUGAUGAGCGCGAAUCCCAGAAGCUCGGCUUCGAGGGGGAAAUCAUGGUGUACAAAGAACAAAUCAAGCAGCACUCAAAGACCAUCGUGAGCCUGGAGGAAAGGCUCUUCCUGGUGUCCCAGCACCACAGGAAGAUAGAAGGGGAGAUUGCCACGUUAAAAGAAAAUGAGUUAGCUCAAAAGGAGAGAGUGCUCCAAGAGCCCUCAGCAGGACCCCCCGUGGACAGCAGCACCAAGGAAUCAGCAUGCGACCACCUGAUAGAUGACUUACUGACUGCUCAGAAGGAAAUCCUGUCUCAGCAGGAGGUCAUCAUGAGGCUGAGGACAGACCUCAAUCAAGCCCACGGCAGGAUGUCAGACCUGAGAGGGGAGCUAAGCGAGAAGCAGAAGAUAGAGCUGAAUCGACAAGUGGCCCUGGUGCAGCAGCAGAGCAGCGAGCUGAGCAUGCUCAAAGUGAAGGUGGCCCAGUCAAACAGCAUGGUGGAGAAGAAAGACCGGGAACUGAGGCUCCUCAGGGAGGCGCUCAGGACUUCCCAAGAGAAACAUAGACCCCACCCGAGCUUGGAGCAGAAGAGUAGGAAUCUGAGCCAGAGGUGUGACAUCUCAUUGCAGAUAGAACCAGUGCACCCAGAUACAUUCUCCAGCUUGCACGAGGAACAGUCCUUCAGUGACCUGGGGGCCAAGUGCAAAGGAUCUCGACACGAGGAAAUCAUCCAGCAGCAAAAGAAGGCCUUGUCGGAACUGCGAGUACGAGUCAAAGAACUAGAGAAGACCAACUCCUCCAAUCAUAAGGACCACGCGAAUGACUCAUUCCUAGAACUAAAGACCCUCAGAAUGGAAAAAAAUGUACAGAAAGUAUUAUUAGAUGCAAAGCCUGACUUGACGACUCUCUCAAGAAUAGAGAUCCGAUCGCCCCAGACUGGCCUUUUCAGCACGGGCUCCAACUUGGCCACCGAGAAGUCCAUGAAAACAGAUGCUUCAGAUGCCUUAGAACUCAGUGAGAAGCUGUACAUUGACAUGAGCAGGACGCUUGGCAGCCUGAUGAACAUCAAGGACAUGUCCGGCCAUGUGAACUUGAAGUACCUCUCGCCCAAAGAUCGUGAGAAGGUCAACCACCUCCGGCAGAAGGACCUGGACCUGGUGUUUGAUAAGAUCGCUCAGCUCAAGACCCGGCUUCAGAGAAAGGAAGAACUCCUGAGAGGGUGUGAGCAGGAACUGGAACAGCUCAGGCAGAGCAAAGUGUCCAUUCAGAUGUACCAGACGCAGCUGGCAAAGCUGGAAGAUGAUGUCUACAAGGAAGCUGAGGAGAAGGCGCUGCUGAAGGAGGCCCUGGAGCGCACAGAGCAGCUGCUGUUCCAGGAAAGGAAACUCAACAGGGCCUUCAAGCAGCAGAAGGAUCGAACAGAGGACCAAGAGCACAGAAAUGCAUCCUGUAGCUGUCCCUUCAAAGACAAUGAGAGGCAGAGACGCAUGUGUGUAGAGACGGCCAAGAACAAGAUGCAGAACUCAAGUCUCCAGGUUGGAGCCAAGAAAGCCACCCCGAAGACAGGCCAAGAAAAAGAGGCAAAGAAGGAGGCAUACAAGCCUAUCCACAGUCUUUCAAUUGUUAAACUGAGUGGAAAGAACUAGAAAACACACUGUCCCGGGGCCUCACAUGACUCUGCAGAAACCGAGGGACUUUUAUAGCAAGCACUUUAAGAUGGUUGCUUGAGUGUUUGGGGGGGCUUUCUAGAUUGAUAUUUUGCACAGAAUGUAUUUUGCAUUGUGUGGAGGGGUUUUUUUAAUAUCUAUAAAUGUAUAUACAUGCAGAUAUAUGAAGAAUACGUUCAUAACCCAAACUCCUAGCCUUGUGGAUACAGUUGUGUGGUUCAAAUUUGGGUUACAAUGUACCUAAGCAUCAGUUCCUCCAACUAGAGCCACAGGGCAAAGGGGAAUCUUGUGGCACUUGGCUACAGUAGAAUGAAUUUAUAUCUGUGUUUAUUAUAAUAAAUUUAGAAUGCCAAUCAAGCACAUCGCUUCUGUAAUCCUGUCGGCAUUUCUACAGUACUGUGUAGUUCUCAAAACACUUCUCAGUUAAUCCUUUCCCCAAGCCCCUCAUUC